AUGGGCGGAGGGGACGGGGCAAGGCUGGGGCACUGGGUGGUGUCCUACACGGGGAUGUCGGCGGACAACAUCAAGGGGCUGCUGCUCGCGGUCUCCUCCAGCCUCUUCAUCGGGGCCAGCUUCAUCGUCAAGAAGAAGGGGCUCAAGAAGGCCGGCGCCUCAGGCGUCCGCGCAGGUGUUGGUGGCUACUCUUACCUGCUUGAGCCACUGUGGUGGAUAGGAAUGAUAACAAUGGUUGUUGGGGAAGUCGCCAACUUUGCAGCCUACGCUUUUGCUCCUGCCAUCUUGGUCACUCCACUUGGCGCACUUAGCAUAAUUAUUAGUGCUGUUCUGGCACGUAUCAUUUUGCGGGAGAAGUUACAUAUAUUUGGUGUACUCGGGUGUAUUCUGUGUGUUGUGGGUUCGACAACAAUUGUGCUACAUGCUCCUCAGGAACGUGAGAUUGAGUCUGUGGCAGAAGUGUGGGAUCUUGCUACUGAACCAGCAUUUCUUCUUUAUGCAGCCGUAGUGCUUGCAGCAGCUUUUGUGCUCAUAUUCCAUUUUGUCCCGCAGUAUGGUCAGACACAUAUUAUGGUGUAUAUUGGCGUCUGUUCUCUUUUUGGGUCUUUAUCGGUCAUGAGUGUCAAAGCUCUUGGGAUAGCGUUGAAGCUGACAUUUUCAGGGAUGAACCAGCUAGUUUAUCCACAAACAUGGGUGUUUGUACUUGUUGUAAUUACAUGCAUUGUAACACAGAUGAACUAUCUGAACAAGGCCCUUGACACAUUCAAUACUGCAGUUGUUUCGCCCAUUUAUUAUACGAUGUUUACAUCGUUGACCAUUUUGGCUAGUGUGAUAAUGUUCAAGGACUGGGAUCGUCAAAAUCCGACUCAGAUUGUAACGGAAAUGUGUGGUUUUGUUACUAUCCUUUCUGGGACAUUUCUUCUUCACAAGACGAAAGAUAUGGUAGAUGGUCUCCAGCCCAACUUACCUAUCCGGAUUCCUAAACAUGCGGAGGAGGAUGCGUACGGGUCUGAAGAAAUUCCUCUCAGGUCUGCUGCCGAUGGCAUUCCACUCAGGUCACCAAGAAGCACAGAAGGAAUUCCUCUCAGGUCUGCUCCUGAUGGCAUUCCGCUCAGGUCACUGAGGGGCACAGAAUCACUUCGCUCAACUGGAUGACCUGCCCAUGGUUGCUCAAUCCAUGACGCUUAAAGGCAACCUUUGGUCAAAUCAUGGUGCUUCAAAGCUCAAUGCUGGCCAUGAUUGUCCUGAAACCUGGGAAGGGAAGAAUCUCCAUUCUUUCAUUGGAUACAACUCCUUAGAUUUUUGACUGUAGGAUCGAAAGGUAACGGCUCGGUGCCCCUUGUAAUUUUUGAGACAUUGGUCUGGGGCUUAUAUUAGUUAUAUACAUCUCUGGUAAGGAAACUAGAAUGGCCAGUGACACAAGUGAACAUACCGCAGUGAGCCAUAUGGAACUGUGUGUUCUUUCACAUACAGUAGUUGUUCAGAAUACAAUCAAUACAUGUCGAAAUGAAAGAGCGCAUUUUGUCAA